AUGAAAGUGGCUAAUAUGGGUGCCCCGAGAUUGAUACCGUCUCAGUACGGCUACGAAGCGAAGAUGGAUGUUACCGACAGGCGAUUUUGGAUGUUCUAUAUUCGGAAUUGGUGCCCUGGUCGCAGCGUGCUAGAAGGCACAAACCUCUGGCUGAAAGACUUUGCUCAAAUGCACAAGAGCGUUGGAGUCCGCGCCGCGAUUCAAAGCCUGGCUGGCAUUUACAUAUACGAUUACCAACCACUGGAUUCCAUCCGAAGCAGAGUAAAUGAAAGAUUUAGUCAAGCCGAAGAACGACUCACUGCCUUGCUCAACGACCCCAAGACAUAUCGAGAUGAGGCUCAAGCCAAUGAGCUCAUAAGCAUUGCUGUCAUUCUCUCUAUGCAAGAUGUAAAACAAGCCCUGCCCACAAUACUGUGA